AUGGAGUUUUAUUUUGUUCAGUGGCUAUUUGGUUAUGAUGUACAUGUAACUUUUAAUCAAGCUGAUGAACAACCGAACCUUAUACACAAGAUACAAAAUAUUGGACACGUAGACAUGUCUAUGGUGCCCAAAGAGACGAUUGUACGUAUUUUAAAGCUACAGGCAUUUGAACAUGAAUCUACAACGAUUACAGAAGAAACUGUAACAAUGCUACAGAAGUACCUAGAAGUGUUUGUUCGCGAAGCUGUCCAGAGAUCUGUAGCUAAUAAGGAUUCACAGGGGAGUCACGGUGAUGGUGAUGGUGAAAUCCAAUUGAACCACGAAGACCUGGAAAAGAUUACGGGAAUGCUUCUCUUGGACAUGUAA